AUGUCUACCUCUACAAGUCAAUCAAGGCCCCAAUCGCGUCGCCGACCCAGCAGCUCUAGUAUAUACAAUCAAUUGCCUUCUCCCAAGCGCCAACGCCGUGCUAUCUCAGUUAGUAGUGAUGCCACUAUCAGUCAAUUCUAUGGGGCUGGCGAUCGUGAGGGUCAACCUGACCUAAUCUCUGAGAUUCCACCUGAACAAUUACAGCAAGAUUCCGACACAAGCUACAACCCCCAGGGAGAUGAAUUAUAUCUUCUAUGUUCCUUUCCAAAGGGGACAAUACGUAUGCAGCGUACAAUUUUACCUGAACGUCAACCAAAAGAAAGCCAAUUAGUAUUACAACCUGAAAAUCAACCCUUACAACCCACUUCAGAUCAGUUCUCUACUGUUCUAAGCCUCAUUCAAGAGGUUGUUGGGACAAACCGACGUCUUACGCGUGCUCUCCUCCAACAAUGUGAACGCGUUCGUCGAUAUCGUGAGGCUUGGGGCUACUCACCACACCCUUCAGACAUAUCCUCAAUCGGCGAGUCUCCUCCUCCUCCACCUUAUUCACCUCCCCGACAAAGCCCAGAAGUAAUAGCGAUACCAUCUUCUCCAAGUACUUUAUUCCUUACUACAAGCGAAAGGUCGAAAUCACCUACCCCCGAAACUAUUCCAAACCCACCGAUCCCUAGCGAACCAGAAGCAACAAUUGAAACCCUCCUCGACCGAGUUAAUAAAUUUGCAAAAGAGCAUGGAUUUGGGAUUGCAAAGUAUAAUAGAUGCUAUCGUAAAGGACGUAUAAUUCGCUAUACACUUCGUUGCGAUCGAUUUGGGCUACCAAAGCGAGGUAGAGGUGCUGGCAUCCGAGCCCGCGCAUCUCGGAAGUGUGAUUGCCAAUGGCAAAUUAUUGCUGAAGCAAUAGAGGAGGGGAAAUGGCUUUUACGUCAGCAUUCCAACCCAAUACACAGCCAGCAUAAUCAUAUCCCUAGCUUAGCAUCAUCUGCACACCCAGCCUAUAGGAGGUUGACUGAGCCUAUUAAGGAUGCAGUUGAGACUACUAGUCGGCGGGUUGGUAUUCGGGCACGCGACGUAGGUGCUAUUAUUCAGGAGCAGUUUCCUGAAUCUGUUUUCACCCAGCGGGAUAUCUAUAACGCUAGAGCCCGAAUCAAUCGCGAAAAGCUUAAUGGGUAUACACCAACUGCAGCUCUAAUCAAGCUUUUUGAUGAGCGGGAGAUCCCUUAUAUUGUGAAGUGGGCGGAUGAUGAGCCGAAUCGGCUUGUUGGGCUUGUCUGGACGUUUCCAUACUCUCUCCGGAUGUGGAAGCGGUUCCCCGAGGUUAUCAGCUUUGACAACACCUAUAACACCAAUCGCUUCAAGCUUCCACUCUUCCAAGCUACAGGGCAAACAUGUCUUGGAUCGGUAUUCAAUGCAGCAUUUGGUCUCAUCGAUAAUGAGAGACUAGAGGGGUUCCAGUUCUUAUCGCAGAGUAUCUUACAACUCAUUAAUCAGAACUCUAUUCGCCAACCAGAUGUUAUUAUCACCGACUACGACAGACAGAUGAAGGCAGCUCUUAACGAAUACUUUCCGAAUGUGCAACAACAGCUUUGUAUUCACCAUAUCAACUCAAACGUUAUGCUUAAAGCCAAGCAGAAGUGGCUUCAGAGCUAUUCUAGUAGUAGUGGGUCUGAAGAAGACGAUCUAGCUCCACAACCAGUUACCGAACUUAGCGAUGAGGACCAUGCCUAUAUCCAUACUUCAGUAGAUGGGGCUACGCCACAUAGCUACCGGGGGGUUCUUAUAAUGUGGAAGUUGGUUCUAUUUGCUGAGACAGAGGAUGCCUUUAGGAAAGCAUGGGCAAACCUUUGCAAAGAGUUUAAGGACCAACGGCCUAUUCUGAACUACCUGCAUGGAAUAUAUCUACCACUAAGGGAGCAGUGGGCACGUUAUUCUAUUCGCCAGUACCGAAACUUCGGCAUCCGUGUAACCUCAGGGACGGAAUCAAGCAACAACAACAUCAAGGGCUAUCUUCUUAAUGGACUUAGCCACCUAUAUCACUUAGUUAAUGUGAUGCAGGAUAUGCUUAAGGAUCAAGAGGUUCGCUUCAAGCAAGCUUGUGCACAGGAUGAGAUCCUCACAAGCCGUGAGUUUAUAGGGAACAGAUCUGAGUACCUUGGGGAGCUUCGAACAAUACUCUCAUCGCAGUGUCUUGGUUUGAUUACGAAGCAAUACCGUCUGGCAAAGAAGGCUCUACCAACAGGUAGAAAUCCAUUUCCAGCGCCUCUUAGAGACUGCACAGAGGACUGUACUGUCUCUAUAGAGUAUGGUAUCCCAUGCUGCCAUAAGAUCUACUCUAAACUUGUAGAUGGGGUACAGUUUAUGAAGGAUGAGGUUCACCCACGAUGGCGGCUGCGGGAGUCUUCUUCCCAGGAUCCAUAUCGACGGAUCCUUGAUCCGAAGAUUGCAGGAAACCUCCGUGGCAGACCUAAGAACUCAAUGCAGCCAGUCCCAUCAUCCCUAUCAUUAAGGGAUAGCACCCAAUCAAGCAGCCAGCUAGCUAGACAAUCACACAGCCAACUACAAAGUCAACAACCUAGCCAAUUAGCAGCAGGGCGCAGGCGUGGCAGACCACCAGGAAGCCGUAAUAGGACCACCUUAGCAAGGCUUACACAAGAGACAGCCAGUAGCCAGGCGCCAACCUCUUCCCAGCGGCAGACACGAAGCCAAGUAACUACUCUUAGUACUGGCCGAUCAACUGGCCUUCGUUCGAAUGGAAGAAGAUUACAGGCAAGCAUCCGUAGGACGAGGAGUCAAUGGGAACUACUUAGUAGUAGUGAUGAGAGUCUCAAACGUUGA